AUGUCCACUAGGGAUUCGGGCGUGUCAAAAGAAGAAGGCCCCGUUGACGAGAUGGUUGGGUCCCGACGUGCCUCUGUCGCCAGACGGUCGCGUCGCAAGAAGGAUGACGACUCUAAUAAUACCACCACGUCAGCCACUAAUACUCCCGAUAGACGAACCAAGAAGAAGGAGGACAAGGAGAAAGAAAAAGAAAAAGAAAAAGAAAAAGAAAAAGAAAAACCUACUCGAGCUCCUCGUCGUCCCCGGGAAAAGUCGUCCGCCGCAGCUGCUUCGAGGAAGAAGCCCAAGCUGGAGCAGUCGGGUGACGAAGCCACGGCGGCUGCUGCCACUGCUCCUGCUGCUGCUGAUGCUGCUCCCACGCCAACGCCCACGCCCGCAGCUGCUCCUCCUAAAGCUCCAACUCCUCCUACACCCACUCCUCCAGCUGCUCCAGCUCCUCCUGCCAAUCCCAGUCCUCCUCCACAAGCUGCUCCCACGCCUCCUCAACCCACCCCUUCGACUUCCUACAAGCUCAGCCCGCGCCCUUCUCCCGCGGACCCUCGGUAUACCGUGACACAAGACUACCCGUCGCGACCACAAUCUCAACCUCCACCCCUCCAGCCCACCCAGGCACCCCCAGCGCCGGCACCGGCAGCAGCACCAGCUCCUCCUCGUACUAGUGGUCGUAAUUUCGACCCUAUUCGCUCGGCCUUUGACAAUCCCUCGCCAGCGCCAGCUUAUAGCCCUCCGCAGACACUGUCGCCGCGACACAGUUACCGCGCCAGCGCUUCGCCAGCGAUCUCCAGCAUCAUUGACCCCCCUUCACAAACGCAACCCGCAUACUCUCAGCUGCCUCGCUCUUCCUCUGGUCAUGUCUCGGCCGUCUCCUCACCGGCGCCGCCUCCAAUGGCGCAUACACCUACACAUCAUGCGCUAGCUCCGUCGCCGAUCCCCGCCUCCCCCUCUCACGGAGCUGUUCACACUCCUCAACAGCUACCACAUACGACCCCUCACUAUACUCCAUAUAGUGAACAGCGCCCAGCACAGUCACAACCACCCAAACUCGAGCUCUCGCCACCAGCCCUACAACAGCAGCCGCAAGCGCAAAGCCAUACCCAGCCUCAACGGCCUGCCGAUUCUCCAGCUCAGGCUGCUACACCUCAACGUCCACCCCAGCAGCCAGAUGCUAUGGAAAUUGACUCAAAGGAGCCAGCACCAUCAGCGAAGAAAGAAAAAGCUCCGGCCACUGCACCUUCUUCCAAGGCGCCUUCUCCCAAACCCGCCCGCGCAGCUAAAGAAGCACCCAAGAUCCCGCAAGGAUCAGGGCUGAUUACAAAUGCGCUCUUCGGUGGGGUUGACGAAUCGUCCAAAUCUGAUACGCGCAGCGCGCCGAAUAUUAUUGUGCAUGUGCCUUUGCAAAAGGGCAACCAAAUAGUCAACUUUGCGCAGCUUGCGGAAGAGCAAUAUGGCUUUGCAGCCCUGCACCCGCGCUUGGCCGCGCACAAGGACCGUCUCGCGCGCGUGGCCGCUGAGGGUGCGGCCCUCGAGCGUAGUGAUAAGAGUCUCAAGGGCAUCUCGGCCGGCGAGAGCGCAGAUGAGGAUCUGAGUCUUGAUGUCGAUCGUGACAGCGACCUUGAUGGCGAUAUUUCCAUGGGCGGUGCGGGCACCGGCACCAACGGCGUCCAGUCCGAAGCCAGCGAGGGCAAGAAGAAGCGCCGAAAGAAGGUUGAGGAGUAUGAUCGUGACGAUCCCUUCGUCGACGACAGUGAAAUGGCAUGGCAGGAACAGGCUGCCGCUAGCAAAGACGGGUUCUUUGUGUAUAGCGGCCCGCUUGUGCCGGAGGGUGAAAAGGUCCAGGUGGAACGUGCGGACGGUACAAUCAAACGAGGCCGUGGCCGUGGUCGGGGAACAGCCCGAGCUCGCUCCCUCGCUUCCCAUCCCCACGUCCCAAUCGCCGCUGCAGUCCCCAUCUCUCAGGAAACUGGCCUGCCAUUGCGCGGUCCUGGUUCACGUGGAGGUAUAUCGCGUCGCGGUCGAGGCUCGAAGAAAGUCGACGCCUCGGAUAAACACACCGACCGCGCUGGCACAUCGGCCUCGACAUCCCACGAAGGCCGUGGUGGACGUGGUGGCGGUGCAUCAGGUCGUGGCGGUUCGUCCUCACGAGGUGGGAAGAGCUCCAUGAUGUCGAUGCUGGAUAUUGCACCUGCCCCAAGCCCACAGGGCCAUGCAGGAAAUCUUGCCCCGGCACCGGGUCCGAGUCCUCUUGCCGGGCCAGAAGUAGUUAUAAAAUGA